AUGGCCACCUCAGACUCGUCCAACACCUCUGGUCCCCGGGUCUCCGAGCAGACUUUCAGCUCUUAUAACCAGGCCCAGGGCCAAAAGUACGUUCAAGCUCGCCACGACUACAACCCCCUCGUCUACCAGGCCGUUGUCGAGCACCACACGUCCACGGGCGGUCGUCCUGACACACUCCUCGAUGUCGGAUGCGGGCCCGGCCUCGCCGCGCGUGCCCUCGCGCCUCACUUUGCGCAAGUCAUUGGACUUGAUCCCUCCGAGGGCAUGCUCGCCGUUGCGCGCUCCCUCGGCGGUGCGUCCUCGACCGGCGAGCCCAUCCGCUGGGAGCGCGGCGCCGCCGAGGAGCUGGAUAAGGUGCCGCAACUAGCACCUGCGAGCGUCGACCUCAUCACGGCCGCCAAUGCGGCGCAUUGGUUCGACAUGCCGCGUUUUUGGGCCGCCGCCGCGCGAGCCCUCCGCCCCGGCGGCACCGUCGCGCUCUGGACCAGCGGCGACAUCCGCGCCCACCCGUCCAUGCCCGGGGCAGCCAAGAUCCAGGCCGCCAUGGAUCGCCAUUUCGAAGUCAACCUGCGCCCGCACAUGACGGCCGGGAACCUGCUCACCAUGGGUGGAUACGCGGACCUGCCUCUGCCGUGGACGAAGAAUCCUGGUGACGGCAACGAUGAGGCGGCCAACGCAGUCGCUAGGCAGUUUGACGAGGCCAAGUUUGUGCGUAGGGACUGGGCCGCAGACGAGGAAUUUUUCGUCAGCAACUCGGAGGUGAACCUCGAUGGGUUUGAGAAGCUGAUGGCGACUGUCAGCGCGCAGACGCGGUGGAACCAGGCUCACCCGGAGCUGGUGGGCACGGACAAGGACGUGAUUAAGAUUCUGCGCCGAGAGAUCGAGGAGGCUUUGCAUGAGGCAGGCGUGGAAAAGGGCAAGGAGAAACUCAAGGGGUCCGUCUUGGGAGUUCUUCUCAUCGUCAAGAAGAGGGGUGUUCAUGAUCAGUAG